AUCCAGGGGGCGGGGCGGGUUGCAGUGUAAACAGAGGCAGAGACACGGCGAGAUGACAGUCGACAUAGAUUAUGACGAAAAUAGCCACAAAACUGUGGCUGAGCAGGAGCUGCGACGGUACAAUAGAAUUGUGGAACAGCAUGGAGAGCAGCUGGAGGAGAUCAUUGAGGCUCUGGGUCCUUAUCCUGCCCCACCAUGGGACCCAAAGCUUGAUCCUAUUAUGCUUAAGAUGGCACCUUUUGAAAACCUGUCGCUGGUGAGGCUGGUGCAAUCUGGCAACAAGAUGGUCAACAAGGUGGUGUUGACCUUCAGUGCUCUGUGUCUUGAGGCAUCACAGCUUGUGGAAGAGGCUCAGAGCAAGCUUUAUCCUCCACUUAUGUUGUAUGGCAAUAGAGUUGCUGCAGAAGGUGAGAAGACUGGAGAAUCCCAGAUGUCUUUGUCCCGGGUUCUGUCCACACUGCACCAUGCUGCCUGUUAUGUGCAGCGUGUGCAGAAAGUCAUACGUAACAUCAUGCAUCAAUUGACAUCCCUGUACCGGACAGACAAAAAAUCAAGCGGGACAAUAGAUGUCUCAGAUGUUCAUUUCCAGGUGAUGUAUGAGCACCUUGGCUCAUUGCUGGGCACACUGAUCACCAUGGAUGAGAUAGUGCUGAACAACUCUGUGCUGCACGAACACUGGGGGGCAUACCGGCGGCUGGUGCGCUCUGCUGCCUCAGACCAGCACAGAUUUGGCCAAGAUAAGGCAUCUUUGCAACCACUGGAGAAGCUCCUUGCAGAUGUGGAAACAGCAGUCAUGCAGGGCACCAUGUUUAUGUCUGUGCUGAGGCAGGUGUAUGACUGUGAGGGUCUGGUGGUGACACGGAACGGAGUCUUGCGGGAAGAAAUGAUGACAGUAGUCCUUGGAUGGUGUGGCCAGCUGGAACAAAGCAGUGGUGAGGGAUGGUGGUGUGACAACCAGCCACAAGUGGUUGGUGUGACUGCAUUGGCAGUGUUCCACCAAGUGGUCUUCAACUGCCAAGACAGGAGGCUAUCCAGGGUCCUGGGAAAUCUCUUCAAAAAGUUUCCCUCUAUCACUCUUGUGGGCUCGAUGGUGUGGCUGCCUGAACGUCACAUCCCCUCAGCAGCACCUACCCUGAGCCAGCUGUUUGACCGUAAGACUCAGGAUGCUCUGCUGGCCUACCGCACCACUCACUUGGCGCAGAAAACACAGACCAUUGCCAAGGAAGCUCAAGCAGUGAAUCUGCAGGUGUGUGGGUGGGCUGUUAACCUGGAUGCUGCUGCAAGGAAACAUUCCAGUCAGAUGAACAAUCAGGAUCUCAACCAAAGGGCUUCUCUCCUCCUGCAGGGGCUCAUUAUUGCACAUACAGUCAAGUAUAAUAUGGAAACAGUUCUCAACCUCCACUCUGUGUUAAGUAGGCCAAUGGGCAAGGCAUGUGCACUGAGUGUGUGCAGCCUCGUGGAGUCUCUCAAGGCUAUUGAGCACACCUACCACCGCCACAGCUCACUUCUGGCUGAUUCUCUCCCACAUGUGAUCCAGUAUCUCACUUACCAAGUCCUAUCCAUUAUCUCCACUGUGAAGAAUCGAGUCUCCAAUUCCCGCCUAGAUGCCCAGCGUCUGGACAUUUUGAUGGCUCUCAAUCUGGUGGAGCACAUGCUGUCUGGCUCAGGCACCAGAGAGCGCCGCUUGGUGACACGUGUGGCACUGUCAUUGGCCAACCAAGCCAAGGCAUUGCGGGAUGAAGACAUCUCUUCACUGCUGGUGGGUCUGCGGCGCCUGGACCUGGCCUGUGAGCUGCAGGCACGUGUGAAGCAGGCCACCAAUUGUGCCAUCCUAUACCACCACACUGUCAUCCUGCCCACCUACCUCACCCACUACCUGCAGACCCUUCAACAUGUCCACCGUAUCCAUUUUAUGUUGGCUGCCUUGCAAGAUUGUGCUGUGCAAUUAGAGGGUUGCUGCCACCUUGCCACCCCAGACCAGCUUGUCAAUGAGUUUAAAGAGGAGAUGUAUGGAUACAUCAAAGAACUUGUGUUAGACAAGGUGUGUCAGGAAGUGGAGACAGAGUUGCGGCUCAGUACACAUAGUCAUCUCCAACUGGAUAGCCGUAAUCCCUUCCAGACAUCUAUCAGAGAUCUGUCACCACUGCUGGCCCUGGAACCCUUCUGCCUCCUGUCGUCAACUCUCAUAUCAGUUAAAGAUUACGUGGAGCAGUACCUGGAGAGUACCUUCUAUGCACUGACUGUUGUGGCACCACAUGACUGGAGGACAUAUGAGGAGAUGCGCAAUCUUGCAGCAUCUAAGUAUAAUUUGUUUACAGUGCCUUCAUUCCUGCCCUCUCACACCCUUGACCAGGGUGUGGAUGUGUUGGAGAUCAUGCGCAACAUCCAUGUGUUUGUAUGCCACUACCUGUACAACCUCAACCAGCAAUUCUUCAUAGAGGCAGCCAGCAACAACAAACAUCUCAACACAGUGACCAUCAAGCACAUUGCCAACUCCAUCCGCACACAUGGGGCUGGAAUCAUCAACACAACAGUUAACUUCACCUAUCAGUUUUUGCGGCGCAAGUUCCACGUCUUCUCUCAGUUCCUGUACGAUGAGCAGAUAAAGUCUCGCCUCUUGAAAGACCGUCAGCUUUGGAGGGAGGCCAAAGCAAACCAGGAGCACUUCCCCUAUGAAAGUGCUGAGAAGUUCAAUCGCAGCAUCAGGAAAUUGGGCGUCACACCUGAGGGACUCUCCUACCUUGAUCAGUUUCGAGGACUCAUUUCGCACAUUGGAAAUGCCAUGGGGUUUGUGCGACUGGUUCGGUCUGGUGGGCUUCACUGCUCCAGCAAUGCUGCACGCUUCAUCCCGGAUCUGCAAGAUGUGGCCAGCCUGGAGCAGCUGUGUCGGGAUGCCCACACUUCCCCACAGACCCUGACAGCUGCUGAGAACCUGGAUGCUGUCAUCAACAACCUCACCCGCAAUUUUCACCAAGACACUGACUACUUCAAGCUGCUGGUAGAUGUGUUUGCUCCAGCUCUCCAGGACAAGAAGAACAGUCAUCUCAAGAAUUUUUAUCUCAUCAUCCCACCAAUGACAAUUAACUUUGUUGAAAGUUCUCUUACUGCGAAAGACAACAUGAAUAAAAAGAAUAAAUCAAGAGCUGCUUUCACAGAUGAUGGAUUUGCUAUGGGUGUUGCCUACCUCCUGAAGGUGUUGGACCAGAAUGCUGCCUUUGACUCCCUGCAUUGGUGGUCAGGUGUGCGGAGGAGGUUCAUUAAAGAGAGGGAAAAGGUUGAGCAACAGCGGCAGUUAUGCAGCAGUGGGGAUGACAAGCUCCAGCAGACACUUGCACUCACCAUGUCUCGUCUGCAGCAGUAUCAACAGGAAUUUGAGCUGAUGUAUCUCAGCUUGAGCAGUGCCAGGGUAUUCUUUAGGGGUGACUGGGCUUCUUCAUCUUCCUCUUCCUCUUCAGGAGAUAGCCAAAAGAGUGACACACAGUCCAUUGGUAGUGACUGCAGUGGGAAGGAAAAGCCUCUCAACAAGUCCAUAGAGAGUAAUGCAUAAGCAACAAAUUGUAGUUUUUAGGUUUUUGUUAACACAUAAUUUAUCUGGAUAGGUGAUACAUACUGACUUGAUUUACAGACACUUGACUAACACUUUAUUUAUUUUUUUUUCAAGUGAAGUUAAAAAUAAUCAGACUUCAUUAAGAUUAAUUCUGUGCUAACAAAAAAAUGUUAGCAAGUUAUUGCCAUCUGGUGAAACAAUCCAGUCAGGAAAGAUAGACAGAUCAUAUGAUGUGGGAGAAUAAGUAAAUUGGAUGUUUACUAGCUCACAAGAUUCUCUACACAAACAUAUAUUCAUCAUCAUUGAGAAUACAGGGUGAUCACAUGAAUGCAACUCGGUAUUUUCUUAACUCAUCUGUGGAUAAGAAACUUAAUAUGUAAUGCAGUUCCUAUUUUCUUUUGUGUCAUGUGUCUGGCAGGAGGUACAAAGUGCUCUCUCUCUCUCUCUCUCUCUCUGGCAUUUCAUAUAGUAAUAUUUUCUUAGUCCCAUGCAAAACAGCUGUAAAGUCCCUCAGGUGUUUCAUAUUUAGAAGAAUGAUACCAGUAUCUCAAAUCAGAUAAAUGUAUUAUAAAGCUUGUACAAAUAAGGAGAAUUUUCUAGUUUUUUAAGAAUUUAUCAUUGCAAACAAAAUUCAUAUCUACAAGUGUAAAUUUAGGAAGCUUUUAAGAUUUCUAGAUUUGUAAAUGAAAAAAAUAGCAUACAAGUAAUUUUUAUCCAUAUGACUACCAUAGGAUUAAUCUAUUGUAGAUACCAUUAGACAGUUGUUUAAAGUUUAGGGUGAAAUCUUUUUUGUAAUUAAGGUAUUAAAAAUUAUCUCAACUUCUUAUCAACUACUGUGAUGUAUUAAUUUUAUAACUGUAAUUUUGUAUGAUCUGUAAAUUGUUUGUAUUACUGAAUAUAAUUUGUAUUAUAUUUAUGAUUAACAAGAUGUAUAUUUUGAAUAUUGUUAUAAGAGUAACAGUAAAGCAUUCACUGCAAACAAUUAUUACACAUAUAAGUUUACAGGCAUGAUUGCUUUUUCUGGAAAAAUUACAGAUUCAAAGCUGCAUAUUUGCAUAGUUUUCACAAUAUUCAAAACUACAAAUGUUCACACUUCCAGUCUGUGGAAGGGAUUGCUGAGGUGCCUACUUUGUUGUUUGUACUCGACCUAUCCUUGCCUAAUGGUGGGGUGAUUGUUAUUGUUGGUAUUUUUAUAAGUGAUUUGUUGGAAUAAUGAUUAUCUUUGCUAAUGGCUGGUCUCACAUUUGCUUCUAUAACUGAACAAUGCUUCUGAACAAGAAUUCAAAAUUAUCUUACCAACUAAGUGAUGAUGGCAUAUAAAACAUUUCUUUACUUGUGCACUGGAAGUAAUUAAUAAAUUUUGUCUGAACUAUUGCUUGAGUAAAUCAAGAAGUAUUAGUAUGAAUAUGUGGUUAAGGAUUUAACCAAGACUCCUUCACUUGCCUCUAAAAUGCCAAAAAGGGUAAGCAGGACAAAGGUUCUUGUUCAUUUACCAAAUAAUGACAAAUGAAAGAUCAGCUGUAGCUCAGCCAAACUGGUAGGCUCUUGUAAACUAUGUUGACAAGGGCUCUCAUAUACCGAAACACAUUUAGACAGACAAAAAUUAUUGUGCAUAUCAAGUAUAAAAGAAGAUAAAUUUGAGUACACAACUUUU